GCCGCGCAGUCACCAGGGGGCAUGCUCAUAGUAAUAAUACAAAUAAUAAUAAUGAUGAUAAAUGCAUUGAGGAAAGCCUUCUACACAAGCCUCCGUCGUUUCCAGCCCCCGGCCGUGUUGUGAUGGAGUAGUGCGUUUAGGUUCAUGUGUCCGACCGGCGGCUCUGCCCCUGGCUUUUUUUCUGGGGGACAUCAUAUUGGAUCAUAUUGUUUGCAGGACGUUGUUCCUCCUGCAGCCCCCCCAGUCUAUCCCGACGUAGUUGUGAAUUGAACAUGGCGACUGUAGCAGUAUAUUGCAUCUGCAGAUUACCUUACGACGUGACCCAGUUUAUGAUCGAGUGCGAUGCUUGCAAGGACUGGUUCCACGGCAGCUGUGUUGAGGUGGAUGAAGAUGACGCUCCAGAUAUUGACAUAUAUCACUGUCCAAACUGUGAGAAGAACCACGGCAAAUCCACCUUGAAAAAGAAAAAGAACUGGAGCAAACAUGACACAGGACAAAGCACAGAUAUCAAAGCUGUUCAGAACGGCAGCCAGGUUUUCAUAAAGGAGCUGCGCAGCAGGACCUUUCCAAGUGCUGAUGAUGUUGUGGUGAAGCUGAGCGGCGGUCAGCUGACCAUGGAUUACCUUGAGGACGGGGGCUUCAACGAGCCCCUCCUGGUUCUGAAGAAGGAGGGUCUGGGCCUGAGCGUGCCCCCCCCCACCUUCUACAUCAGUGAUGUGGAGAACUACGUUGGGUCCAGAUGUGGUGUGGACGUGGUUGACGUCACCAAACAGACCGACAGCAAGAUGAAGCUCAAAGAAUUUUGUAGAUUUUACUACAGCACAAACAGAAAGAAAGUGUUGAAAUGUCAAUCAAACUUGGAGUUCUCCUGACACAAGGUAACAUGCUCUUUACCUGACGUGAUUUUUAAUGAAGUGAAAAGUCCUUGUACUCAUCUUGUUUCUCUUUGCUGCGUCAGGAUGAAUACUUGGUGAAGUCCACACAUUGUACGUCAGUUGUCCUGGGUAGAAAACUACUGGCCUGAUGAUGCUCUGCGUGGGAAGCCAAAAGUCACAAAAUACUGUCUGAUCUGUGUCAAAGACAGCUACACAGACUUCCACAUCGAGUGUGGUGGCGCCUCCGUGUACCACGUCCUGAAGGGGGAGAAGAUCUUCUUUCUCAUCAAGCCCACCUCUGCCAACCUGUCUCUGUACGAGCGCUGGAAGGGUCGUCGUCCAAUCACAGCGGAGAUGUUCUUUGCCGACCAGGUGGACAAGUGUUACAAAUGCACUCUGAAGCAAGGGCAGACCGCUUUUCUUGCGGUGUUUGAACUGUGAUUGUGUCCCUCAGGUUGGAUCAAUGCCAUCCUGACCCCGGUGGACUGCCUGGCGUUCUCGGGACACUUUGUCCACAACCUGAGUGUGGAGAUGCAGAUGAGAGCGUAUGAAAUCGAGAAGCGGCUAAAGGUCAGAACUCUCACCCCCUUCCCCAACUUCGAGACGGCGUGCUGGUAUGUCGGACGACAUCUCCUCGAGCGAUUCAAGGGUUUACAUAAAGCAAAUAAGCAACCAGCCCCAUACCUAAUACAUGGUUCCAAAAUCAUUAACGGAGCCUUCAGAGCUUGGACUAAGAAACAGGCCCUAUUAGAACACGAAGAUGAGCUUCCAGAGAACAUGAAACCAUCACAGCUCAUCAAAGAUCUUGCAAAAGAGAUCCGACUCUCAGAGAAUGCAACAAAAGCUAUUAAGAGUGAGCCCAGCAUCAAGGUUCCAGUGGAGGAACCCCCAUCCACACACUCGGAUCCUGAAGAGCCUGAAGAGCCUGUCUCACCGGCCCAUGUCCCCUCGCCCAGCAGAGAGAAGGCCAGAAAGAAAGCUUUCAAACCCCCCAAGCCUCCGAAGCCUCCCAAACCCCCCAAGAUGCCUAAGGCCCCCAAGCCUCCAAAGGUGCCCAAGGUCAAGGAAGGAGGAAAGAAGAAAGGGAAGAAAUUGCAAGAGUCGUCGUCGCCUCCCAAACCCUCCAGCUUUGCAGCUCUUGAGUCCCAUGCCAAAGACAUCUUGAGCAAAAUGGACCAGCCGAAAAAGACGAAGGCUGUUAAAAACGUCCUGAGUAUAUCAGAGAAGGAAAUAUCAAAGCAGAAAAACGCAGAAAAGUUUGAAUUCAGAGAGCAGAAUAAAAACAAGACUGAAGCAAAAUGGAAGUAUAAGAAUAGUAAACCAGAUUCCCUGCUGAAAAUGGAAGAAGAUUGCAAAUUUGACAGAACACCACUGUCAGGCAAUAAAGACAGAUUCAGCUUCACCAUGUCUCACAAGAAGACGCUGGGCUCCAAGAUGCUGAAACCUCAGACCAACUCAAGUGUUUUUGGAUCAUUACAAAACCUAAAAGAGGACAAAUCCAAGCCGGUGAGAGACGAGUACGAGUAUGUCUCAGAUGAGGGGGAGCUGAAGAUUGACGAGUUCCCCAUCAGGCGGAAAAAGAACGCGGUCAAGAGAGAUCUGUCCUUUUUGUCGGACAUUAAAGAACCCAUUCAACCAGCAAAGAAACCAAAGUUUCAGCCCUUGGUGAAACCGAGUGUGGACUCUUCAGAUGAAGAGACUCUGCACAUAGACACAGAGGUCAAGCCUGAGGUGAAGAGUCGCAACUCUAAGGUCAAGAAAAAGGGCGGAAGCGCUGCAGGGAUUCUUGACCUACUGCAGGCGAGCAAGCAAGUGGGAGGGAUUGACUACAGCACCAACAGUCAGCCACCUGCAUCUCCCAGCACACAGGAGGCCAUUCAGGGCAUGCUGUCCAUGGCCAACCUGUCGUCUUCAGACAGCCUGCAGCAACCGUGGAGCAGCCAGUCCAAGAGCAACUCUCACAGCACGCCGGCCGGCAGGAAGGCGGGCGGGGGGGCGGGCGGUGGCAACAGCAAGCGACCCACCAAACGGCUUCCUAAGAAACCCAGGAAAAGCAGCAGCAUUGAGAGUCUGGAUUACGAUGACGACCAGGACCACAUGGACGCGUGUUUCAAGGACUCUGAUUAUGUUUAUCCCUCGUUGGAGUCUGAAGAGGAUAAUCCGGUUUUCAAAUCCAGAUCAAAAAAACGAAAAAGCAGUGACGACACUCCCUACAGCCCGACAGCGCGGGUAGGACCCUCGGUUCCUCGGCAGGAGAGGCCGGCGAGAGACGGGGCGCGCGUGGCCUCCAUAGAGACGGGGCUGGCCGCAGCUGCAGCAAAGCUUUCUCAUCAGGAGGAGCAGCAGAAAAAUAAGAAGAAGAAGAAAAGCACCAAAAAGAAGGCAAUAGUAAUAGAGGAGCCACCGAAAGCCUCUCAGGACAGCAGCUCGCCGGAGCACAAUGUGGACGACGGCAGCCUGACGGACCCUGAGUUCAACACAGGAACAGUAAAGUCGCCAGGGGGGCCACAGCCCAUGGCGCCCGGCGUUUUUCUGAGCCAAAGGCGACCUUCGAUUUCUUCUCCCAACAACAGCAGCAACUCCAUGAGCACCACAAGCAGCAGCAUGGCCAAGGUGGAGCGUGUGGUGUCAGCAGACGCCAAAGCGAAGCGGCUAAAGAAAGGCAUGGCAACAGCCAAACAGAGACUUGGAAAGAUUUUAAAGAUCCAUCGGAAUGGAAAGCUCCUCCUGUAGUCCUGCCGGACUGGGACUCCAUCCGGACCCCCCCCCCCCCCCCCCCCCCCCCCAAGAUCAUGCAUUUUUCAAUUUCUAUGAAGAACAUCACUCAAAUAGGUUUUUGCCUCUACUUAUACUUUAUAACUUUCAGAUAUUAAGAUGUACAGAACCUACUAUAAAUAUUUUUUAAGAGAACAUGUCUCAUUUUACUACAGCUGUCAGUUUAUCAGGGGUUGCAAACAGAUGAAGUAAAAAUACAUUGCAGUCAUUCCAGGAUUUGAAAGUAUCCCUUGCAUGUAUUAAGUUGCAUGUGCGCUUGAGGCAGGGUAUGGGGAUUUCUCCUAUAUGGAUGCAGCUUAUCAUUGCCACACUGAUGAUUGCGCCCCCCCCCCCUGCAGUUUUCUCUUUAUGUUAACACUUAAGUAUUUAUUGGAUUGGAGUCAUAGACAGGAAGCCUACUUCAACUGUAAAGCACAAGUGUCUGGACAUGAAAAGCAUAGGAUGUGCGACAGUAGGUGGCGCUGUAGCCAAUGAUAAGCCUCAUCUAUGUCAGGUGUGCAGUCACAUGGGGAUACUUUCUCUCUUCUCUUGAUUUCCCAGGCAGCACCUUCACACAGUACAGUUUAUAGAAUGUAGCUUGUACAUAACCUGUUAAAUGACUGCUUUUCUAUCCUUCCUUUCCCUUAAGGCUUCAUUCUACAUUUCCACCAAAUGUCUUUUGUUUUAAUUUGCUUUACUUAGAUUUGUAUUAACAUUUUUAAAGGCAGAAAUUCAUUUUGAACCCCCAUUAGAUUUAAAGGUGUUGUCUGGAAAACAACUGAAGAAAUAAUACAUUGUAUUGUCAUAUGGCCUUACAUACACAAAGCUAAUUGUAUUGUGAUUCUGUUUGAACAAGAGACACAGCUUGGAGGACAUUGAUAUAACAGGAAAAAAGGAAACUGUGUUUCUGCGACCAGCCUCUUGUUCCACUUGUAGUAUCAUGAAGGCUUUCGGAAUUAUUUUACUAGCACCUUGUGAAUUGUUUAUGUGUCAGUGAUGUAAUUUAUUAAUGUUUGUAGCUUUUUAUACUUGUAAAAUCCUUAAGAAUAUUAUUUUUAAUUAUUUCAUCAACUUGUGAAAUUUCCCUUAGCAGACAGUUGUUGUUUUUCCUUCUUCUUUUCUAGGAUGCGUGUGUUAGGGGACAUCAGGAACAUUUUACACACCAGAAUCUCCAUUAGCACACAUUCUUAUCUCCAUACUGUCUUAAUGUCAAUGUUAUGAUAGGAAACAUGUCCAAUGUGUUAUUAUUCUUAUUGGUAAUAUUCCAGUUAUAGUCACACCCCUUUCUUCUGGUCAGGCCAUGUUCAGUGUAAUGCGCUGUAUACUGUAUAGCAGCAAUGUUUUAGUCACACAUUUACUCCAUGCGUGCACUUCUCACAGAUGAGAUGCGCUCCCAUCGAACUUUCAGCGGGGCAUAUUUUCAGGUUUUUAUUUGUACAAUAUUUGUGUUGUUUUGUUGUGAUUUAUUUUUCUAUGUCCGACCUAUUAAAUGCAUCGGCUGUGCCAGACAGUGGAUCAUACCUGUUGUAGCUGUCUUCCCUAACUGUUAUUUGCAGUACUAGUAAGUAUUUACAAUCCUUUUUGACCUGAAUCUAUAUUUUUCUGUAUUUAGACUAUUCUGUUCGAGAUCAUUGCUCACUUUUUUAAGACAUCGAGAAAUCCUGAGGAACAAACAUAUUGUUGUUAAUGAUAUGAUUGUCCGCCUUGUUUACUUUUGCAAUACAGUUACUGUGUAAAACCUACCUUGUAAUGUGUUCCUCUCCCACUUGCAACGUGACGGCGUCUUUUUGACGACUAAACAAGUUUCCUGCUUUGAGGAUGCAUCAAGUGAUCCAGGUUCUGCACUCACUUCAGGGUCUGGUCUCCCGGAGCUUAAGCAGCUGCUUUAGCCAAGUCAUUAAUUAAAACCAAGCCAAAGCCAACACCAUUAAAAAUGUAUUAACGUAAAAG